AGCUGGAAAAAUGGCGGCCGGUUCAGGGGCUGCAAGCGGGCACGGGGCCCGCAGCUCCAGCGCUGGUCUGGAAGCGUCUUUGGACCGACGAUUUCAAGGAGUAUCAAACACUAUGGAGUCGAUACAGGGACUUUCAACUUGGUGCAUUGAAAACAAGAAGCACCACAGCCUUAUCGUUCGUCACUGGAUGAAGUGGCUAAAGAAAUCUGACAACAAUCACCGCUUGAAUCUCUUCUACCUUGCCAACGAUGUGAUACAGAACUGCAAAAGAAAGAACGCCAUUGUCUUUCGACAAGCCUUCGCAGAAGUCCUUCCUAACGCUGCUCAGUUCAUCAAAGAUGGGAAGGUCCGCAAAUCAGUGGAGAGGAUUUUUACGAUUUGGGAGGAGAGGAGCGUGUAUCCUGAAGAGGUCAUCGCCCAGUUCAAAGCCGGCAUGAACAGGAAGGAAAAGGAGCGAGAGAAGCAGAAGGAAAAAGAAAAGGAGAAGGAAAAGGAGAAAGAAAAAGAGAAAGAAAAGGAAAAGGAGAAAGAAAAGGAGACUCCAGCAGCAACUGCCUCAGCCAACACCAAAGCUGCCCUCAAGUCCAAGAUUGUAGCAGAGUUCACUCCCCACACCCUCGUUGAACAGUUGUCGAGAUAUAAGCGAGCAGUCGCAGAGGAGGAGUUCAGGGAGAAGCAGCUGGCAACUCUCAGGGUGGACGUCUGCAGCACCGAGGCUCUAAAGAGACUUAAAGACAAAGCAGGGGGGAACAAGUUUGCGAAGGACUUUGAGGACGGCAGUCUGAAGCUGCAGGAGUUUGUCGGCUUCAUGGAGAAAGAGUUGAAAACGGGGCCUCCUCUGCUGGAAGCUUUGGGAAACGCAGACAUUUUCUACGAGAUGCAAUACAAGGAGGUUAAGAUUGUGGCCAAUGCGUACAACGCCUUUGCCAACCGUGUGGCCAGUCUUAAAAGGAAAUUGGAUUCCCUCAAGUCGACUCUACCCGGACCUGAGGACUCCCCCAUCCCCUCACCCUCUGAAGACGCCCCCUCUCCCACCGGCUCUGAAUCGCCCUUCCUGGGAAUGGGAGCAGGGAGGGCUCAGGUGGAUCCAGAGCUGGAUGGAAAGGCCAUGGAUGAAGGAGAACUACCUAGUGAACACAGAGACACGGACGUGGAUUUGUCUGAUGAAGAGGCUAUCGCUGCCAGAGCAGGGGCAGAUGACAAGAAGGACAAGACGUCUACUGCUGUUGCCAAGUCGGAUGCAGCGUCAAAGCUUCCCACCACGCCUACAAAAGCUUCUAAGAACAACGCUACUGCUGCUGCCACGCCGACCCCAGUGACUCCCACUUCUGCUGCCGCUCAGAGCGCCUCGACAAACCCACUGGGAGUGAAUCUGGAGAAGGUGGACCUGGGAAAGAUCAGCUCCAUUCUCAGCUCACUCACAUCUGCCAUGAAGAAUACAGCAGCUAGCCCAUCACCUCGGCCAUCUCCAGGAACACCCACCACUCCCUCUGUCCAAUCAGUAGCCUCUAAAGCGACAUCUUCGAGCCCUCACCUGGCCAGCAUCCUGUCGCGUGUUGACAUCACACCUGAAGGCAUACUUAAUGCUCUGUCUAAAACAAACACCCCAGGUUUGUCCUCUCUCCUACAAAACGUGACAAACACCACCUCCGCCCCUCCCACCCGAACCUCCCCAGAAUCAUCAGCGGUCAAAGCUCUGCUCAGCCCAACCACCCCAAAACCAAAACCCACUCUGGGGAACAGCCUCAAACGAGACGCAACUGGGAGAACCAGAGACUGGGAGAAAGACAGACAUCUGUCCCCUCCUCCUCCACCCCCUCCUCGUCCCUCAGUUCCCUCUGUCUCUCCCCCUAGCCUAGAAUCAAAAAUCAACAGUUUCCUGCAGGGUAAUCCAGGUUUCAGUCUCGCUCUAGGUGAUGUCAGCCCCGAUGGGGUGGAUGGGACCCCGGUGAGAGACGAGGCUGCCGGCACCCCUACCCAGGACGAGAUCAUGGACACACCUGGGAGUGUGUCAGAGUCUUUGGGGUCAUCUGGAGGUCAUAACCUCUCACCCACAGCGUACCGCAGUGAACCGUGGGAUGCUGUGAUCACCCCGUCAGGAAGCAACAGCAAUGGAGACUUUAUGGGCUCGUCCUCCUCGUCUCGGUACGGAGCUGGGAAAAAGAGCGACACAAAAUUGAAGGACAAUGACGUAAAGAAGCAGAUCUCCUCAUCCCCCAGUAACGACAUGAAGGGUAAGCUAGACGGCCAGUCAAGAGUGAUGGGAAACAGCCGAGGGGUUGGAGAAAGGAGACACUCCGCGGGCUCUCGUAAAGCCAGCAGUGGCUCAGAUGAAGGAGCUCUGAGUGGAAAAAGAGACGGGAAAGAGUCUCCAGGUGGGGACGGGAAGGAGGGCCAGUACCAUCGUAUUGAGACACUGGUAUCGCCCUGCACUGAAGGGGCACCCAUCGAAACUCUGUGCUACUCAAACCGCCCACUCACCGGAGAGCGCAUCAAGACAGUUGAGAGCAUCCGCGUGUUUGGCCGAGGCUCUAGACGAGGGGGAGGGUCCGGCGGUCGGCCAGGAGGAGCUAUGUGGUACGAAGAGGAGGAGUACAUGGAAGCUCAGCCUCCCUCGCCCCACGACGUCCCCCCUCCUCUUAACAUCGGCUUCGAGGACAUGAACCCCUCCAUGCCUCCUCCCCCACAUCUCCUCCUUCCACAUCUCCCCCCUCCUCCGACCCAUCCUCACGCACAACCUCCUCCUCAAUCUCCGUUCCAAAUGCCCUACCACCCGGAGAACAUCCAGACUCCUCCUCCAUCACUCCUCCACCAGCAUCCUCCUCCUGCAUCCCAUUUCUUAAGCCCGCCUCCACCGAUCCCUCGUCUCCCUCCGCCUCCCGUUCCGCAGCGCCUAUCCCCUCCACCUCCCCACCAUGCUGCGCCGUCUGCAGUCAUGGUCGGAGGAAUGUUGGUCCCCGUUGACCGACCUCUUUCUCUUCUUCCCCCAAUCAGACCUGAAGGUUUAGAGCGAGGCGGAGGAGGGCCAAGAGGAAACAAAAUGGCCCCUCCACCUCUUAUGUCGUCGUUGCUAGGCGAGCCCCCGAAGCUGCCGCGUCCUGGCACAGUUAAAGAGCCGUUUGUCCCCCGUCAUGCAUCCCCUCUCCUCCGCCCAGGCGCCCCUGGUGCCCCCCUACCCCUACUGGGCCGAGUGAAGGAGCCUCUGCAUCUACCUCUUCCGCCCCCCUCCCCCACAUCCUCCACACCCUCUCCCUCCACGCCUAACUCCCCUGCAGUGGACCCCGGUCCCGCUCGCCACCCUAAUCAGUCCUCCGCCCCUCCUCUCCAGAAUCCCCCUGGUAGUCCUCCAGCUCAGCCUCGCAACCAAACCUCUAACCCCGUCCCCCUGCUCGCCUUACCCACCUCUCGACCCCCGAUCCUCCCGGUCCCCAUGCCACAGAGACCUCUGAUGCGAGGCCGAAACCCCUCUCACCAUUUUAACCGAGAUAACCGAGAUCACCACAAGGGGGGAUUUCGUGGGGGCAAGCGGUCCGGUCCUCCGUUCUCAGGUGGUCCCUUCCACUCGCAGAAGAGACCCUUCCUGCCCCCACGCUACUGAAGUGGUCGUCUAACACACGCUGAAUGAGAAGCGCCCUGCAGUGAAGUGCAGAGUGUGUGUUAGCCCUGCUGGUAUGAGCCCAGAUAUCUUUACUCUGUUAAUUAGCUUGAAUUAAAACUACCUUAGGUUGUGUGUAAAUAGCUGAUUAAAUCUUCACGCUUCAGCUAGGUAGCCAGCCAGUCAUCUCACACUGUAUAGUGCAGCUACGAGGUUAUCAGUUACAUAGUGCAGAGUGGUGUGUAACAGCCCUCAGUCUAUCACUUUUUUCUCCAUUUCUCCAUACACAGAAGAUAGAAGUCUCAUCAGGUCUGGUGCCGUAACCUUAGGAGGAAAACACAGAUAGUUCACGCAGAAAUGAAACUUUAUUUUAUUUAGAGUGUGUGAUUGUUGGGAAACUUUACCUGAGAGGGAGCAGGAGAGGGAAAGAGAGGUAUGGGUCUCAUAGAAUACACAGGAAAGAAUAAUUUGGCAUUUUGGUAAUUACUUUAAAUACUUUUUUAACUGAUAGUAAGAUGAGAAGUUUGUCACCACCCUCAUAUCUGUGUGCUAAAAGUGAAGCUACAGUCAGAGCCGGUGAGCUUAGUUUGACAUAAAGACCGGAAAUGGGGGAACAGCUACACCAGCUCCCACUACUAACACCCCUAAAGGUCAUUUAUUAACAUGUGAAAUGUUUGUUUCACCUGUACAAAAACUGAAGUGUAAAAGGGACAAGUUGUGUUUUUCACGGAGGAUUGCGUGACAGAAAUUGCCACUUGUUACUCUUACUCUCUAUCUUUAGUCUGAUAUUGUGUCCAUGUUAACCAAAGCAGGAGGGGGAUUUUAUUUUUCCUGAACCAAUCAGAAGAAACUGUCAUUGUAGGUCCACAGGGAGCCAUACAAACAUACCUGUUGCACCAGGAUUUUAACAGUUGAGUGGAGCAAAAUAAGUCAAACUACGAUGUCGGGCAAUAUUCAGAAGACAUGUUGAUUUACAAUAGUCUUCAUUGCAGCAUUUUUCUUGUCUAUGACCCUUGUUGUUGUUAUUACUCCCCAUUUGUUGACAACAGCUUGUCAACUGAUUUAGUCCUGCCUGUGGCUCUGAUUGGUCUUUUUUUUUCUCUUUCUAAAAAUUGUAAUGGAAAAAACUGCUGUUUCACGUCACACUGACGACAAAUCAGUCAGUUCAAAGUCAGCAGAUUCAGUGCCAAACACAUUAAGCCCCAGCUCAGACCAGAAAUUCACAACAAGAUGAAGCCGUUUUAGGACUUGGCAGAGAGAAGUUGCAGCGGUGUGAACAUGGCGGUCACAGCUCGAUUCAGGCCGGCUGAUGGUGCCAGAGCCAGAGUCAGAGGCUCGUUUUAGAACCUAAAGCACUUAACCUUAACAGCCAAUCAGCUUGUAGUGAAGUCCACUGACCAAGCCAAUCACAAACCAUCGGCAGAGCUGUUUUCUCUGCUGCGGCAUUCUCUGACAACAGCCCUCCGUCCCCAUCCAGCCCGAGUCCUUCACAUCCUUGCAGAUGUUGACAGUGGUGCUGGCGGAUGGGGGGUUGCUGCAGCUGCGCGUUGUAUACGCAUACUCACCGACUGACUGAUCGGCACUGGUUAUUCAAAUUAUAGUGGCUGAGAUCAGGUCGUUUUGAUUAUGUUUUUGCUGUUUCAUCACCUUUAGAAUAGGCCUGAAAAGCUGAAAGUUAGAACAGAAGUCACUGCUUCUGGCCACGAAAAGCAGGUUGACUGUUACCUUCAAACAGAACCAGGCUAGAAGUCUGCCCAGUUUCCGGUCUCUAUGCUAAGCGAAACGGUCUCCUGUCCCCAGCUUCAUAUUUAAAAGUCAGAUAUGUCAUCUAACUCCGCAAGAAAGCCAGUAACCGUAUUUCCCAAAAUGCCAAAUUAUUCCUUUAAAAAUGUUUGAUAAAAGUUGCAAAGUGAUCUCUUCUUCCAUGAGUGUGUGUGGGUGUGUGCUGUGUGUCCUAACAUGGUAUUUCUCAUUUGAAGUGAUGAGAUUCAGCGAAGGGUUAACACUAUCUCCGGAGUACCUGCUGUAAAUAAUAUACUCCUCUUUGCUCUUGAUCUUUUUUCACCCUUCCAUCUCUCCCACUGUAUAUUUCUAAGCUUGUAAAUAUAAAAACUGAGAUGAUACAGCUUUUUUUUUUCUCUUGAAGCUCUUUUUUUUUCCUGUUCAUGAGGACAAUGAUUUCGCAUCCCCGUCUUUACUGUGAUUGAGGCCUUGGAUAAGCUUUAGCUCCAGAAGAAUUUCCCUGCAGUGUCUGUCGCACCUUUCUGUCCUCCUUUUGAAAGCACCACGCAGAAGAGGAGGGUGAAGAUAAUUAUGUAUUUUUAUUUUCCAGCAUAAAUGUCUGCCUGUGCGCGCUUCAAGUUAGACUGAGUCAUGAAGAUACUCGGUAGUGGAUGGCGGGCGGGGGGAGGUAUUUCAGUUCUGAACCACACUCUUGCUAGACUUCAACAUGUACUGACUUGAAUAAAAUCCAGAGUUUCAAUUCAACUGGGGGGGAGGUAUUUUAUUUGGUCACUACUUAUCACUGGAAUUGCGCUGUUGUAAUUUAUUUGCGCUGUUCAGCUGCCUGUUUUCAGAGGAAUUGUUUUCAUAUAUUUACACAGCUGCUGCCAUCUUCAUAUUGCAUUAACAUUUAAUGCAUUUUAUUUUUUGCGCUGUAUUUUUCUACUAGACAGAAUCGGCAAUUUCCAGUUUGCAGCAGCGCCCACAGAUGGUGUCAAGGGAGCGAAAACAUUUGAGCUAAUUAGGGUUGUUUCGAAAGUGGUUUAUUCACCAGUUGUUGUGGCCCCUUCCUCUGUUUUGUUUCUUCGCUAAUUUCAUGCUUUUGCCCUCAAGCCCCUGUGCUUACUUUGUGCUCACAUGGCUUCGUCCAGAAACACUUGUGCACCUCUCAAAACCUCUGAGAGUAAAAAAAAAAAACCCAAAAAACUCUGCAGGAUGGCAGUAAUCUUCUGUCGUGUGCAGGAAUUAUUGCUGUAAUCCCUCUCUCUGGUCGACAUUGAUGUAGUUUUGCACAUGCGGUGAGAGGUGCAUGUUGGGUGUUGCUGCUCAAAGCUUCCUGUGUCUGUCUGAUCAUGGAGUGUGCAUCGUCUCUCGUGCUCUUUUACAGUUAAUCAAGAUACAUGGAGCACCUGCAUAAAGUUAAUACAUUGUAGAAAUGUAACCACAAAGAGUUUAAUUGUCACUUCAGUGUUAGCAAAUCAUCCCAGUUCUGAUGUUUUACUGAAUGUUAAAGUCUGUUACCACCUUCUGUAAACUGUCUUCUAUCUCUUCACUCACUGAAACAGCUAAAUAUCAACCCCAAUCAGUUCGAUGUGGAGAGAAAGCUCUGUUGUUGUAAAAAAUCUUCCGAAGCACGUACCAAGUUCAACAUUUCAGUUUUCCCUGUAAAUAAGUCCCUCUCUGUUUCCUGUUUGACAAACUGAGUUUGACUGAAGAUGUGACAAAGCUGAUGGUCUGUGUAUAUCUGAGAAGUUUUAACUGCUCUCACUGCUGUUCUCAUCAAUGAUGCUAUAUCACCGGUCUUUGAGUGUCCAAUCCUUUCUGGUGUGAUGAACAUGCACUCAUUCUAUUAUUGUCACAAUUA